AGCGGGAGGCGAGUGGCCGGCCGGGAGGCGGCACUUGGUGCGGUGCGAGUGGCGGUGCCGGGUCGGUGCAGGACGCUGAGCGGGCCGUUCGCGAUUCGGUCUCGGCUGGAGAUCUCUGGAGCCUACCACCCACCAAGUGGACCAACACUUCCAGCAGCAGUCGUCUGGGCAACAGCGAACCAUGCCGGUCGGCGGUGGAGCGUCUCCGCCUGUUUUCGAACAGAUCUUCCAAAAUGCCCGCUUCGCUCAGGGCGGCAACGCUCUGUUCGAGGGCAAGGUGCGCGGUAACCCAAAGCCCAACAUAUCAUGGACACGCCAGGGUCGCCCCAUUCAAGCGUCCUUCAAGUACCAGCUGAAACACAACCAGCUGACGGGUGACGUCAGCCUGCUGAUCAACCGCAUCGGGCCGGGCGACGAGGGCGAGUACACCUGCAUGGCCACCAACCAGUACGGCGAGGCCGUCUGCACCGUCUACAUCCAGCCGGAGGCGGCAUUCCUGCAGCAGCAGCAGCAGCAGGGACAGGUGCAGCAGCAGCAGGGACAGGUGCAGCUGCAGCAGCAGGGACAGCUGCAGCGGCAGCUGCCGGGUGGCCAGCACCGCAUGAUGGGCCAGCAGCACAGCAUGCAGAUGCGCCAGGAAACCACCUCGAUGACGGACGCCUCGGGGCACACCACCACCACCACCAAGACGGACCGCCAGUACAAAACCACGCCGUUCGGAGCUGUGGAGGAGUUCCGCGUGGACACGUUCGAGUACCGUCUGAUCCGCGAGUCGGAGUUCCGCGAGGCGCUGACCCGGCGCGACCGCGGCGAGACGGACGUGGUGACGCAGACCGAGGUCCGCCGGCCCGGCCCCGUCAGCCCGCCGCAGCUGCAGGCCAAGCCGCGCGCCAGCAAGGUCACAGAGGGCGGCGACGCGACCUUCGUGGCGCGCCUGGUCGGCAACCCGGCGCCCAAGAUCACCUGGUUCAAGAACGGCGCGCGCGUGCGGCCGAGCCCGCGCGCCGCCAUCUCGCAGCAGGACUCGGUGGUGACGCUGGCGCUGAAGGACGUGAAGCCGCAGGAUACGGGUCAUUACACCAUGCUGGCUGAGAACACGGCCGGCUGCGUCGUCAGCUCCGCCUACCUGGCCGUGGAGCCCGCCACGCCCUCUGCCACUACCCAGCAGCAGCAGAUGCUGCAGCGUGCGGACCGGUCAGUCAGGGUGUGGGGGAUGCCGCAGGCCCCGCGCCCGCGGCUGGGGAGCCUGGCGUAG